UUCUAGCCGGUAAACUGGGAACCCUAGUCCUCUGUUUUCACCAUUUUGGAGAAACCACCCUUUCUUCUUCUUCUUCUUCUUCGCCGCCUUGUGCUCAUCCACUUUUAUGAAUCAUCUUAUAGAGUUUUCCUCUCUCUAUUCAAAGAGUUUCUGGUAUUUUCCCCUUUAGUUGCAGAUUGGCAUCAGAAUUCGUCCUGGAUUUAUUGGCGAUCGAUUUUCCCCGUCGGUUAUGAUAGUGAACGAAUUCGAGAAGAUGGAUAAGGAACGAGUCAGAAAACGGCCUCGCAUGACCUGGGACGACUCACCAGCUGAACCAGAUGCUAAGAGGACUUUGCAUAAAGGACAUGGAAGCGAUGGGAGGGUUUUAUCACCACCAUUGAGGGAAGAUGAUCGCGACGGUCACUAUGUUUUCAGUUUGAGGGAGAAUCUUACUCCUAGAUAUAAAAUACUAAGCAAGAUGGGUGAAGGUUAGCUGUCAAGUGGCAUGGCACAUUUGGUCGGGUUUUGGAAUGUUGGGAUCGUCAAACAAAAGAAUAUGUGGCAGUAAAGAUAAUCAGAAGCAUUAAGAAAUACCGGGAUGCAGCAAUGAUUGAAAUUGAUGUUCUUCAAAAACUUGUGAAGAGUGAUCAAGGCCGCAGACGCUGUGUACAGAUAAAAGACUGGUUUGAUUACCGGAAUCAUAUUUGCAUUGUGUUCGAGAAGCUUGGGCCAAGUUUGUUUGACUUUCUAAAGAGAAAUAAAUACUCUGCAUUUCCCCUGGCCCUUGUUCGGGAUUUUGGAUGCCAGCUUUUGGAAUCUGUAGCAUAUAUGCACGAGUUACACUUAGUUCACACUGACCUCAAGCCUGAGAACAUUCUUUUGGUGUCUUCUGAAAAUGUUAAGCUUCCUGACAAUAAGAGGAGUGCUUCAAAUGAGACACAUUUCAGGUGCUUACCAAAGUCAAGCGCCAUUAAACUUAUUGAUUUUGGCAGUACUGUUUGUGAUAACCGGAUUCAUCACUCUAUUGUCCAAACAAGGCAUUAUAGGUCUCCUGAGGUCAUUUUAGGCCUGGGAUGGAGUUACCAGUGUGACUUAUGGAGUGUAGGUUGUAUACUAUUCGAACUAUGCACGGGCGAGGCUCUCUUUCAGACGCAUGAUAACCUUGAACAUCUGGCUAUGAUGGAGAGGGUAUUGGGACCUCUGCCUGAACAUAUGACCCGGCAAGCCAGCCGGGGUGCUGAGAAAUAUUUCAGGAGAGGGUGUAGGCUGAAUUGGCCUGAAGGAGCCAACUCUAGAGAGAGUAUUAGAGCUGUCAAAAGACUUGACCGUCUCAAGGAUAUGGUAUCAAAACAUGUAGACAACACAAGAUCUGGAUUUGCAGAUCUGCUGUAUGGUUUACUGAAAUACAACCCGUCCGAGCGUCUCACAGCAAACGAAGCUCUUGACCAUCCUUUCUUUAAGAGCUCAAGUUGAAAAGAAGCAAAAAUAGAUGAGGCACGUGUGCCUAAAUAGCAAUGAGCACCAUAAAAUGUAGAAUUCUACUUGGUAUCAAGUUUUGAUUAGAUUCUAAAGAUCCCUGUCUCAUUAGCACCAUCAAGAGUAUUCCAAAUUCAGUUUCAGGUUUGGCUACAUUUAUUCUGGAGAAUAACCUCUGUUGUAAUUACAUUGUGUUGUUGAGAGUAGAAAAAAGUUAUACCAC